GCCUGACCUCCCACCCUCCCUCUUGAAUCCGCUCAAGUUCCCGAUCUCCCACCUCGUCCUCCAGCUCGAUCGCGUUCGCGGCACCCCACUCCGUGCUCCAGAAAUAAGUAGCCGGCGGUUUCCUCGCCCCAGGUUUUGCGGUCGCUGGGGAGUGGGAAUUCGUUCGGCUCCGGUCUGGCCAAUGCUCCUGCGGUUUCUUGGAGAGGCCGCUGAGAUUGGGAUCCAAGCUGCGUUAGGCGAGCAGCAGCAGUAGCCGCAUCGAGAUUCGCCGUCGUUGUCCGAGGGAUUCUCCGUUUCUUGGGCGGGGAUUUCGGUUGCGGCGGGAAAAAAAAAAGAAUUCUUUCACCGGACUUGGCCCAACUCCGCUGUAUGUUAGGGUAGCCUUUUCGACGCGUUUCUUUCGUCGCCCCAGAUCCGUCUCCCCGCCCGAUUCUUUCGGAGUAAUCGGCGGCGGAUCGGAGGCAGAGGGGUUUGGAGGCCUGAGCUCCGAUGGAGAUGCACGCCGACGUCGACGGGUGCAGCGUGCCCCUGGCCGUGCUCCUCAAGCGGGAGCUGUGCAACCAGAAGGUGGAGAGGCCGGACAUCCUGUUCGGGGAGGCCAACAAGAGCAAGAAAGGGGAGGACUUCACGCUCCUCGUGCCCAGGUGCCACCGCACCCCGGGCGGCAGUGGCGGCGGCGAGAAUGCCGGCGACGACGACACCAUUUCCGUAUUUGCGAUUUUUGACGGACACAAUGGCUCUGCAGCUGCCAUAUACACCCGGGAGAAUCUAAUAAGCAGUGUGUUGGCUGCUAUUCCUCCAAAUCUCACAAGUGAGGAGUGGAAAGCUGCGCUGCCAAGGGCACUAGUUGCUGGUUUUGUAAAAACAGAUAAAGACUUCCAAGGAAAAGCUGCACGCUCAGGGACCACUGUGACUUUUGUUAUAAUAGAUGGAUGGGUUGUCACUGUAGCAUCAGUUGGCGAUUCACGAUGCAUUCUAGAAUCUGCUGAGGGUUCAAUAUAUUUUUUAUCAGCAGAUCAUCGCCUGGAUGCUAAUGAAGAGGAGGUGGAGCGUGUAACAGCAAGUGGUGGUGAAGUUGGGAGAAUAAAUAUCGCUGGGGGUGCCGGGAUUGGUCCACUCAGAUGCUGGCCAGGUGGAUUGUGUUUAUCAAGGUCAAUAGGUGAUAUCGACGUCGGGGAAUUUAUAGUUCCUGUCCCACACGUGAAGCAAGUAAAGUUGUCCAAUGCUGGUGGGCGGCUUGUCAUUGCCAGUGAUGGUGUGUGGGAUGCACUGCACUUUCAAGAGGCUCUGAACUACACCAGGGGCCUGCCAGCUGAAGCUGCUGCUAAUCGAAUUGUCAAGGAAGCUGUCACUUCGAAGGGAUUAAGAGAUGAUACUACUUGCAUAGUAGUUGAUAUACUACCUCCAGAGAAGUUAAGCCCCCCACUAAAGAGACCUGGAAAAGGAGUCAUCAAAGCUCUGUUCCGGCGGAGGCCCUCUGAUGAAAUGUCUGAAGAUCAGAUGGACAGAGGAUGCUUAGAAACUGAUGUUGUGGAGGAAAUAUACGAGGAGGGCUCUGCAAUGCUUGCUCGAAGGUUGAAUAUAAAUUACCCAGAAGGAAAUAUGUUCAAGCUGCAUGAUUGUGCUGUCUGCCAAUUGGAGAUGAAACCUGGUGAGGGCACCUCUGUUCAUGGUAACAUGCCCAAACAUUCGAGAGUUGACCCCUGGGGUGGUCCUUUUCUCUGUUCCUCCUGUCAAUUGAAAAAGGAGGCCAUGGAAGGGAAGCUACAUUCAAGAAAUUCCCAAUCUGCUGUUCAACCUGUACCUAAGUAGGCCUUCCUUGACGGGUUCAAUACAUUGGUUCAUACACACUAACUACCACUAACAACAGCAUUAGCAAAUAAAGUAGACUCGUCAAUGCCAUCUUAUUCAUCAAUCAAUGUUUGACAGAGUCAUGAAUUUUCACCUACUACAUUCUUAUCAAAUGGCGAUCGGUACAGAUUUUAGAGAUUUAUGGUGUCAUUUAUAUGAUGCACUACAGUUGUUCGGUAGUAGAAGGUUCAAGUCUGAGCCUUAUCAAGUCUAUAUUCAGAGAGACCACAACUGACCUCUAGGAUCAAAUGAACUGGUAGCCUUAAGGUGUGCUGCUUUCUGUAGUUCUUUCAUUGAUUAUCAAGUCUGCACGACUUGUCUACUUGUGAAUACCAGUCGUUGGUUGAACCCCAUUUAGUCCUAAGUCCCAACGUAGAUUCCUUUUUUUUCUUCACAUGACAUACUGCUUGAUGGGUGGCCAUAAAGACCAUGUUUUUUCCACUCUCAGUCACAUGUGAUGCUUCCUUAUUAAUCCUCUCACCACGUGGAUUUCCCUUUCUUUUUCAUUCUUUACCAUGUGUAUAGUCACGAGGCACAUCAUUACAUCACAUUGACUAUUUUUUUUGUAUUUGCACCAUAAUUCUGCAGUUGUACCAUUGUACUCUCAAUUUUCUAACAUUUUUUUUAUUCUUUUUGUUAUUGGAACUUUCGCUUCCUAUGUACUUGAAAUGGUGUUGCUGAAUUUGAAUAUAUUUCUAAGCUUUAUGGAUGUAAUUUGGUACAUGUAAAUCUUGUCUUGGCAAAGAGUAAACAUUUCC